AAUUAAAAUUUUAAAGUAAUGUAAUUGUUUGAUCAAAGAUAGAUUGACAAUAGUUACAUUCUUUUUCACUACUUUUUCCCACACAUUCAAGCUAGAGGCCGUGCAUGGUUGCGUUCAAUUUUUCACUAUGUUUAAAUGCUCCCAUCACUAUCACGCAUGUGCGACGGCAAACAGCAGCUCGACCAGCAGACGGGGAUAGGAUAGACGGCCGCAGCACCUGAUACACCAGCGCACACAAAAGCAAUGAGCUGCAGCAGAGGGCAAAAACAACAGCUCGCGCUUCUCCAUUAAUGGUCCAUCAUGGAUUUUCCAACGCCUGGCGACUCAGCCGACCUGGGCUAUUCUCUUAAUGAAGACCGUUUCAAUGGUUCCUCUGUGUCUGGGGCGGAAUACAUACUCGGGGAGCAGGUGCACCAAAUGUCGCUUGAGCCCCUUGAGCCAAACUCGGCUAGUUAUGAUUGCCAUCAGGACCAGCAGCAGUUCGCUGCAGAGGAAUAUGAAUACUGGAAUCAAGAUUCCGUGAUUGGCGAACUAACUGCUGAGGAGAUCCGCUGGUUUUACAAAUCAGACACUGACAAGCGAUGGACUGAGUUCAACGGAUAUGAUUCACAUCAUAUCGAAUUUUUGUAUCGACAGUACAAUCAAGAGUGGCAUCAGGUCUAUAACGAACAGCAAAGCAAUGGAGGCGAGGGAGUCGGAGUGAAAAUUCCAAAACACCAAAUUGUCGUCAGAGGAGGCAUGUACGAGGUUGACGUCCACUCAUGGAAAGGCUACUCCAUAUUUUGGCCAGGCGAGGAAUUCCAAGUUACAAGAGGAACUUGGUUUUACGGUACCACCUGGCAACCCGUCGAGUACCCACCCUGUGAAACAAUAGAGCACAUGCAUCUCCAGCUAUUUUGUGGGCAGAGGCUAUCUGACUAUGCUGACUCUGGCUUAUCUCAGAAAGAAGUUUGGCACACCGAACAACUGCCUGAAUUCCAUGUAGACUGGCACUCUCCCAAAGAUGUGUUCCUCCACAAUGAAACUGCACCUUCUAAGCUAAUGAGAAGCGUGACUCAGAAAUUGGGAUUUCAAAAACCAACAGGGUGUCGCUUGAUGAGAGGAUAUAAGACUCCAGCUUUAGCUACUGACUCAGCAGAUAGAAUCACAGACAUCACUCAUCUUGUUUUUGUUAUUCAUGGCAUUGGCCAGAAGAUGGACAUCGGAAGAAUAAUCAAGAAUAGUAACAGUUUCAGGGAUUGUGUGACAUGGCUUCAGAAUAAAUAUUUCCCCAACUCCACUGAUAGGCCAGAAUUUUUUCCUGUGGAAUGGCGAACGUCUUUGAAGCUCGAUGGGGACCUAGUAUCGGCCAUUACUCCUCUUCAUUUGGAAAAGCUUCGGUCCUUACUGAAUGCCAGCGCAAUGGACAUCAUGUAUUACACAAGCCCGCUGUUUGGGCAAGAGAUUCAAGCUGGCUUAUGCGUCGAACUGAACCGGCUAUAUUCGAUGUUCCUUGAACGCUAUCCUAACUUCAAAGAAAAUGGCGGGAAAUGUUCUGUUGUCGCUCACUCCCUCGGCUGUGUCAUCCUUUACGACAUAGUGACUGGGUGGUUGCCAAAUGAUCCCAUGGCGUGUCUUCAGAAAGCUAACAGCUCAGAGGGCAGGGAAGAGAUGCUCAAGAAGUCUGGGCUAUUGUUCGAGAUUGAGAACAUGUUUUGUCUUGGAUCUCCGCUGUCAGUCUUCUUAGCAUUGAGGUGGAAAGACCCGCAUGAGCCGGAAAACCACGACAAAGUCCUCCCACCAAAAUUGUGCAAGCGACUGUACAACGUUUUCCACCCUGCUGACCCUGUCGCGUACAGAUUGGAACCUCUUUUGGUGAAGGCGUACAAAACCAUCGCUCCUCUAACUCUGCAAUCAUACAACGCAAGUGCCAAGAUGCCCUAUGACCUGAUGCCACUGGAGCCGAUCCAAACUGAAUCAAUAUACUUGAGGAAGAUAGCCUCUGCUGGUGAUUAUUCGGACAGAGAUGAAGCAACCCCAGAACCUGUGAGCAGUUCGAUUCCAUCACCGCCUACUCCAUCCAGGGAUCGGUGGAGUUUGUGGAGUUUGAUGAGAGGUGGUCGUCGCUCUGUUCAGGCAGAGGGAAGCCAUGAGCCUAUUGUCAAAGAAGGCUCAGGAUCCCCAACUCAUCAUCAUGAAAAUGCUUUGAGAGGGCUAGAACACAGGCUGGACUUUGUUUUGAGAGAAAACCAAUUAGCCACAAGCUACUUUGCCGCUUUGACAUCACACACCGCAUACUGGGAAAACUAUGACGUCGCAUUUUUCAUCCUAACCCGUUUGUUCCCUCAACUGGAACAGGAAGCCCAAUUGCCUACAAACUUUGUUGAUGGAUCGCCUUGCAUUCAGAAGAAUAGUCGUCUCAUCUAGAACACUAGAAUCUCAUCUGUUUGUUAUAAUUUCUCACAUCAAGUUAUGGGAAAUUAAUGCCAGUAUAUUUAAUUCCAACUGAGAUUAUUUGAACGCCAGUUAAGAAAAAAUACGUGGCCAAAUUCAUUGUCAUGAAAAAAUCAAAAACAUAAAAAUUAAUUUGCGUUUGUUCAUUUGGUGUACUUUUUUAUUAUAUCUGGAAAAAUUUGUAUUUAGUAAUUAUUUAUUGGAAUUAAGCCUUUUUUAAACUAUUUUGGAAAGUAUUGAUUGAGCCAUGACGGGUAACAUAACAAGAAAUAUCUAAAAAGAAUCAAUAAGUAUAGCCAUACAAUUUAUAUGCUAUUUUUUCAGACCUAAUUUUACGCAGUUAAAAGAGAAAAACGUGUCCGCCUAUUCCUACUAGAGCCACUGGCUUGCACUAGUCUAAUUUUAUGACAAGCUCAAAAUGCAUUUUCCUCUUUUUAAUUUCACUAAGUGAUAAUUUUGAAUGUAAUCUUAGUUCCAAUUUUUGCAUCGGCUUUCACAUUCGUUUAAGCAACAGCAUGUUGAUCUUCACUUUUUCAAAUUGAUUACUUCACCUUAGGAGAACAGCUGCCAUUUUUCAGGUCAAAUUAGUUUGGCUUUUAAAAAGAGUUGUGAUAAUUGUCUACUUUUGUUCAAAAUAAUCUAUUUGAUCACAGGUGAUUAUAUUGCGUAGUUUUAGUAAUUUGAAAUGAAAAAUAGCCGUAUUGAUUAAGGACCACUGUAAAUUUCGUCUGGCUAUUAUGCUGUCCACUUUUGAUACUAUGGUGAAACAACGUGCGCCAGUAAUAUGUAGUUGAUGUCCGGUUUUUUUGGAAACCACUACGUGCCUGUGACAUUAAAAUUGAUUAGCAAAUUCGAUUGUCGCACUUUGAUGUCGCCCUCGGAUAGCCAUUGGAAAACUCUAAUCAAAUGUGUGUUUCUUUGGAGGUACGAACCGGAAUCACCACCGGAGUUCUGUGGCUGAAUCCUCCAGGCUGAAGCGGGAAAUUCUCCCUUCAGUCAGUCAAACAGCUUCCUCCCCUCGCGGGACAACAUUUUGUGUUGUAUUGUACACAAACAAACAAUAUCGCGUUUCAGGUAUACUUACAACAAUAUUGUAAUAGGUCAAAAUUGUGAUAUCAAUCAGAUAGCAGUCUUGAGCAAAUUGCUUGCUACUUUUGAUGAUGUUUGUAUAUGCAUUACCAAAGUGAACGUUAUUGAUGUACUAUUAAAAAAUAGACUAGCUUUGUAGUUUUUGUUAGGUAGAUUUGUUCAAUAAAGAAAAUUUCGCAAAUAAA